CCCCAAUCAGGCCAGAAGACGUCGAGGAUGUGAUGGCGUACCGAACCGCUGAAUCCUCCAUGGCAAUUGACUCCGACGACUCCGACCAACAAGAUCUAAGCACGAUUAAUGGCGUAGCGAAAGCUGCCAUGAGGUACUUGCACAUAUCGAAGGAGGAUUUUGGGUUGCUGUUUCCUGCCCUUGUUCCCGUGUUUGGUUUGAGAGGCAAAAAGUGGUGGUGGGUCCUGAGUGACGAGCUGCAAGAUAUCGAGUGGAAUAGAAAGGCCUUUCAAUCUCUUUAACAUGACCAAAUGACGAAGGACAUGGUUGAG